AUGGUGUUUGCGUGUCAGUCGCUGAAGCUCUCGUUUACCUUGGACCAGGAGAGUGGGAUGCCUCAAGGCUGUUAUAUCUAUCAGUACCGGGACAGCAACAAGCUGGUGGAAGAAUUCAUGCUGCUCGCGAAUAUGGCCGUGGCCCAUCAGAUCUACCGCUCCUUCCCCGAGCAGGCCCUGCUUCGCCGCCACCCCCCACCCCAGACCAAGCUGUUGAAAGACCUCAUGGAGUUUUGCAACCAAGUCGGCCUUGACAUUGACUUCAGCAGCGCAGGGACCCUGCACAAAAGCUUAAAUGAAACAUUUGGUGCUGACAAAUACUCUGAAGCCAGGAAAGAAGUGCUGACCAACAUGUUCUCCAGGCCCAUGCAGAUGGCUCUCUACUUCUGCACCGGCGUCCUGGAGGACGAGACCCUCUUUCGCCACUAUGCCCUGAACGUGCCCUUCUACACGCACUUCACCUCGCCCAUCCGUCGCUACGCGGACAUCAUCGUGCACCGUCUCCUCUCUGCCUCGCUCGGUGCCAGCUCCCCCAUCAAGAUGGAGAAAGAGGCCAUCCAGAGACAGGCAGAUCACUGCAAUGACCGGAAAAUGGCUUCCAAGAGGGUGCAGGAGCUCAGUGCUGACCUUUUCUUUGCCAUCUUUGUCAGGGAGUGUGGUCCUCUGGAGUCAGAGGCCAUGGUGAUGGGUGUCCUGAACGAGGCCUUUGAUGUCCUGGUGCUGAAGUUUGGAGUCCAGAAGCGCAUCUACUGCAAUGCGCUGCCCUUGCUGGGCUUCCACUUCCAGAAGGUGGGGAGGAAGCCGGAGCUGACGCUCAUGUGGGAGCCAGAGAAGCCGGAGCAGGAAUCUGUGCCCCAGGUGAUCACCAUUUUCACGCUGGUGGAGGUCGUGCUGAUGUCAGACGGUGUCCCGCUCAAGUACAGCGCCCUGCUCAAGAGACCGAGCUCGGAGAAGUGAGCGCCCUGGGCUGCGCGCGCUCCCCGCUGCCGACACUUGCUCACCUCCCAGGCCUGCACCAGCACCCGCCGGGGACGGAGGGGACCCAUGAGAAGUUUGGGGUUUUGAGUUUUGAAACCGAU